AUGAACUCUCCUUCUCGGCAGGUGGGACCUCUUGCUCCGACCUCGUUCCCGUGCUCGCCGCACCCUGGCGAGAUUCUCGCUUCUGCCUACCGACCUUUUCACGGAAUCCCUCCUGCAGCCUCUUGUUUCUCUGCAUCGAGCGAUCCUUUCCAAGGUGGAGACCUUCGUCGCUUUCUCCCCUCCGCUGCAUGCUCUCCCACUUCUUCUCCACAAAUCGACGCGCCGACUUUCACCUCCGCCGCCUUCCCGCUGCCUUGCUCCGCCCCCGGGGGCCAAGAGCUCCACCCUGCUCUUCCAUUGCCGUCAUUUCUUCCUCCCACCGGCGCACCGGAGGUCGUCUACGUCGCCCACUCCUCCCUUUCGCCCGCUUUGCCUGUCUGCGCUGUCCCUUCGGUUUCGCUUCCUCCGGCUGAGUCUCCCUUGCUCCCUCCUCGUGCUCUGCAGCCGACGGAGGAGACGUCGGGGAGCGUGGACAGUGAUCUGUGCACUCUGGGAGAAGGCCCGACUCUGCAGGUGUCUCCUCCGUUUUUCGAGCCCAACCGCCCGCCGUCCCCGCCGCGCCUGGGCUCCUUCUUCGUGCCCCACGUCGCUCUGGAAGAGACGAGGAGACGUGAGCAGACCUGUCGCUGUGUCUCCAGCCCUGUCGCGGAGGCGCCUGCCUUAACCGCCGGUGAAACGGAGGAAAUGCUGCUCUCUGUCGCCUCUUGGUGCGGCUCGGCGGGUGGCCCAGAGGUCUCUACCAUUCGCCACGCCCGCCAUUCCGCCCCACACGGCAACAGAGAACCGGCCCAAGCAAACGCGCAAGUUCAGCGUGAGGGCAGAAGACGGCGGGGCCCUCUCUUCUGUACCCUGCGUGGGGAAGAGGAAGAGCGGGGCGGAGAGAGCGGGGCUUUCACUCGCCUUGGAACCAAACUGAAGAGAAACGAAGAUGACAAAGCCCGAUGGAAGGCUCCUGGAGGCGCGUUUCCUCAGCUUCCCUCCCCUCCGGGGGAGACAGUCUGCUUGCCGCGCUCUGUCGUUGGAGAGGCGAUAGCGCAGCGAGAAGGCGAGAGAAGAGAAGAAACCUGCGAGGAGCCCAGCUGGUGGGGAACGGCGGUCGACCUUUUCACGUCUCGUGCAAACCUCAGGAAAGCCCCGGUCCCGGGGCAAAACAUCCCCGUCGGCGGCUCGGGGAAGCCGUCUUCUGAGAAGCAGCCCAGCGACCCUCCAGCAGCAGCGAACUCGAGAAGAGGGCCAAACCCUUGCGGAGACGUCGCAGGCGGGUGCGGUGAAGGCUCUCUGAGCGUUUCGCGCCAUACACGUGGAGGAAGACCCGGGGCACAGCUCCUUCCUCGAGCAGGCCACGAACGAGCCAAGAGAAAGAAAGAGACGAAACGCGCCUCCGCCGUCCAGACGGACGAGAUUGGAGACGAGCAGCCCUCGGACGUGGGCUCGAUCUUCGGGUCUCUGGUCAAUUCGUCUCGCGCGUCCUCGUCUGCCGUCCCCGCCGGAGUCCGGGGCGCGCCUGCAGCCCAAAAGGGGGCGGACGCGAAGCGGCUCUCGAGAGCGAAGCGCGACAAAGCGGAGAACGGGGCAUCUGAAAGACACCCGGGAGAAGACACUGACGUACAUCCGCACGGGCACGGCGGCAGUUUGCGGGGAGGCGCGAGCGCGGGCCGACACGCACGAGCAGAAACGGAGCAACGUUCGCUGUGUGCCCGUCCGUCUGCUUCUCGCUCCUCCCCGGACCCGUCUCCAGCAGCCUCGCCGGCGCCGAGUGGUGUCUCGAAGCUUCGCGACGUCUCGCUCCCAGCUUCUGUUCUGGAAUGCAGCCCGCAGCCCAGUGCGUCCCUGAGUGCAUCAAGAGGCGUAGGGGGAGAGCGUGCGCUGUCCCCCGUCUUGAAGGAGGACGACAGAAAAGGCACCCAUCCUCCUUCGCCGUUGACCUCGUCUCUGUCGUUUCCGCUUUCGUCGCUUUCGUGUGCGCUCUCUUCUCCGCCGUCGUCCUUCUUUUCAUCUUCCGUCUCUUCUUCCGCCACCGGGCCGCCUCGCGUGUCCGUGGGCGUCCACGCCGUCAGCCACAGAGAGGUGCUUCUGAGGCGGCGAACGGAGAAGAAGAAGGUCCAGCUGCCUAGACAGUGGUUUCUGGCGCUUUCUCCUCAGCAGUCCUGGCACGCCGAGGCGCAGCGACACCAGGAAGAGAGACGAAGGGACGCGGACGAACGGAGUCCGACCUUCCCUCCUGCUUCGCCUUCAUUUGGUCGCUUUCCGUCAGCUUCGAGUCUCUCGAGUUCUGUUUCUGCCUUCCCUUCCUUGGGCAGUCUGGGUGAGAAGAGAGGAGAGAAGAAGGACGCGAGUCUGCGCGAGAAAGCCAGGUCAAGGGGAGAGAACAUCGCUGUGUUCGGCCCCACUCCCCAGGAGAUCAUCAAGCAGCAACAGAAGGAACUCAAGGAGAAGCAAGCGAGACAGAAAAACGACGCAAGACCACAAAAAGCGCAACCCGCCGCAACGGAAAGUGUCUCCUCUUCGGCGGGAGACGAGCCGAGAAACCCCGCUGUCUAUCGGCCAGACGGCUCGCAGGCUUCUUCGGCGGUCUCUGUCUCUGCGUCUCGGCAUUCCCAACUCGGGUGUCUCUCUUCACAUUCGACGCUGGCCCUCGAGAAGGAAGAAGCGUACCUCUUCUCUCUUCCCGUACUCGAAGAAGUCACUGCCUCAUCGACGCGCGUCCAGAGACGACCCGCUCGCGAAGACGGGCGUGGGAGCUUGGCGAAUCACGAGGCAGACGGCCAGGCACUCGGCCGGUCUUGGUGCCGCCGUGGGGGUGCGGCGGAGGCUCUGCAUGCAGCGAGUGCGAGCGAAGAAGAGCUGAAGAAGUGGUUGGGUGUCCUUCGCGCCCAAGGGGAGGAGCAGCGUCUCCGUUUGGAUAGACUUGAGAGGCAGAAGUCGCUCUUGGAGAGGUACGAAAAAGAGCGAAAGGAGAGGCAAGAACUUCUCGUGUGUCUCCAGGAAGAGAGAAGGAGGGGACACGAAAGCGCACUGGCUGGGGACCGCCAGGCGCGCGAGCGAACAGAAAACGAGAGUCGGUCUAGAGAACCUACGCGGGGUAGGGCAAUGAGAGCAAGGCGGCAGAGCCGCACUCGACGCCUCAGCGAAAGCGCAAAAGAGAUCGUCACGCGGCUCGCCACGGAGACCGAGGAGAGGGUGCGGAGCCUUUCGAGAAGAGCGGCGCGUCGAGUCCGGAACCUCAGACGAGACAAAGACUCCGAGGGGCGUUCGGGUUCUGCACUGCGAUGUCCUGGUCGAUCGCCGAACGAAACAGGUGACAGUCGGGGACAGAUCUCUUUCCACGAGCCGAAUCUGCCGGACGUACACCCCACGAGCGACUCGAGCUUGCCCACGCGGCUACCGCCCCACGGCAUUCUUCUUUCUUCUCCGCGAAGAGGGAGCGAGUUUGAAAGACGGCGAAGACGCUCGACAGCAGAGCGAGGCCAUCCAUAUGCCUUCAGAGAGCAGGAGAGGGUUACUUUUUUUGAAACGGCUGGGAAGCCACGCCAGGGGCAGCGAGGCGACGCCGAGUCGAUCCAGCACCCACAGGGCGCGGACCAAGCGAAUGCGGCUCACGGGGAGGAGCUCGCCGACACCACAAGCCUGGAGGUGUACGUACACCGCUCGGAGGCUACCGACAGCCAGUAUGGAGAAGCUGAACGGGAGCGAGUAGAAGGGAACGCAGAUGGAGGAAGGAGAUGUAUCGGGAGACCCAUGAGUGCAGAAAGAGAGGCGGAACAGAGCGAGGACGCCCACAUUGUGAGUAAGCAAAAGCGAAAGCGUGAAAUUCUUCGCCAGGCAGCCACGGUGGCUGGCCUCACUGUGGCAACGGCUACCGUGACAGUGGCCUCAGCCGGAGCGUCGGCUGUCCAAUCAGUGAGGGAAAAAUUGCGAAAACGGCGAGAAAGGACAGAGAAGGAAGAGGUCUUCCCUUGA